AUGAUGUAUUUUAUUGGAACCUUGAUAUUAUUAAAAUUCUUUUUGAUUUGGAUUGAGUAGAUCUUCUCUAUUGCAUUGAGUGCUUAUAUCAUUUAUCUUUUCUACAAAUUCAGACACACUGGUCUUCAUUUAAUAAAAGAUCGACGCUUUUCUCUAACUCUUAUCCCAAUAUUCUUAUUAUUUAUUGAACACAUAGGACGAAGGACGAAAUUUAUUUUACAUCUAUUCAUUGAAGCUUGUGCCUUUUUGCCUCAAAUUUAUAUGAGGAAUUUUUUUUAGAACAAAAUUUGCAUCUUGAUCAAAACAGUUGAGCCUGACAUCUAGAAAUACUUGUAACUAUGGGAUUUUCUUCACUUCUGA